AUGGGAAAACUACCUGUAGUUGCUGUAGCGGGCGGAACUGGAGUUCUUGGGAAGGAGAUUGUCAGAGCUUUGCUUGAUCCACAGUUCCGAAGCAAGUACCAGGAUGUUAUCCUUCUCACUCGAAAUGCCAACUCUCCUAGCGCUCUAGAGGGGAUUAGCAAAGGUGCAAUUGCCCGGGAAUACUCUACGGACAAUAGCCAGUCCAUUGCAAAUGCACUCAACGGUGUUGAUAUUCUUGUCAAUGUGGUUGCUCCCGUUGACAAAGAAUUCGAAAACAAAAUUGCCGCCGCCGUCACGUCACCCUCGUCCAAUGUCAAGCUUUACCUUCCUUCGGAAUUUGGAGUGGAGCAUUACCUCCAUGACUUCAAACACGCGGUAUGGGGUAAAAAGAAAGCACACGUUGAAGCCGUAAGCGGGCGGAAAGAUCUGAAGCUAUGCCUAGUUUUCCCAGGUCUAUUUACGGAAUACUCAAUCGGCCCAUGGCUCGGAUUCAACACCAAGGAAGGGAAAUAUGAAUUCAUUGGAUCCGGAGACACGCCUGUUUCAUUCACAUCGAUUGUGGAUAUCGGCAACGCGGUUGCGAGCGCUCUCGCAAAUAUUCCAAUCCAAAGUUUUCCUGAGAAGUUGUAUUUCUCGGGUGAUCCGGUUACUUUGAGACAAGUAGCUGAGCUUAUGAAAGCCGCUGGUGCAAAUGAGGUUGAGGUUUCGAACCUAGAUCUGGUGGAGUAUAAAGCCAAGACUAUCUCGACUGAAUCGGAUCCUGCGGCGUGCUUGCGGUUCCUUAUGGCGGAAGGGAAGAUUAAUAAUGAGAAAAAUGAUAAUGAGCUUGUUAAUCCGGGCGGGAAGCUAUGGAAAUGGAGAACAAUGAAGGAGUAUGCUCAGGAAACUCGAGGCCGGCCUUGGGCAAACCUCUGA